GUUUCCGCGGUUCGGCGUUCGCAACUGGAAAUCGUCAUGUUCUGCAAUCGUGGUUGUUCACCGACAGCUGGGAUUCUUGUUGAACUUCAACCCGAAACAUUUGUUACUUAAAAGUGUCAAUGCAGCAGUCAUUCUAUUACGGUAUGGCACAAAAACAGUAACAGAAAAUGGCCACGCAAGAAACUGACAUGUUGCAAUACUCAACCGUCCAUGUGCAGCCCGUUGGCAAUGAUGAGCAAGAUUGCAGUUUUUUCUGUCAAAAUGGAACACUAGAUAAUCAGGAAAUUAAGGAAACGCAUUUUUGUUACAAUGAAAGAAAUAAUGUCAAAUCAGAUUCACACAUACCUUUAUCAAUUGGUGACAGUUUGGAUAUGAAAGCCACACCUGAGUUUGAGCUUGCACAAGAACCAAUGUACACAGAAGAUGUGAAAGAUUCAAGAUCAUUUUCACGGCAAAAAAUGUGCAACCUUGUCAGGAACAUGCAACAGAACCAUAUUGCUGAACUCUUCCCUAUCAUUGAGUCAAGGGAGACAACAGAAGGUUCUGAAGAGCAGGUUAUUUGCAGAAUAUGCCACACAGGUGGAGAGGAGAUUCUUAUUUCUCCUUGCAAAUGCAUUGGUUCAGCCCAGUUUGUCCACGCAACAUGCCUGCUAACGUGGUUUAAAAAGUCAGUGAAAAACCAAUGCGAGCUUUGUCAGCACCAAGUUCCAAUUAGAAAGAAAGCGAAGCCUGUUUCAAAGUGGAAGAAACCAGAAGAUAAGCCAAUUCCUGUAAUUUGGUUCACCGUGUUUUUUGUUGGUCUCUUUUUGAACAUUUUGUCCAUCUACGUGAACGCAUCUGACAGCUGCAAUUCAACAGCUUGUCUCAUAUUUUACGUAGUCAACGGUUUCGGCAUCGUUUUGGACGCAGCAUUUCUCUGGUUUUGGUGGAUGAAGUGUAUGCUGUAUUGGAAAAAAUGGUGCGCAAUUAACCAGGACUGGUCCAUUACUGGAACAACAAAGAGUUAUAUACCAGUGUUGAACCCACAAAGGAGAAACAAAAGCCAAGAGGUGCUAAAUCCGGUCGCAGAAAUGCUGGAAUCGGACCCGGGCAACAAUCCGGUAGUUUCUGUGUAAUAUUAUAGCGACAACGCGUUUAAUAGCUGCAUUCAUCAACGCAUGUAGUUAGCAAAAGAAAGGGUGUAGUCAUAGUAUUAAUAUAGCCGUUUGUCACGUGGCAGUGAAUUUUGUGAAGUUAAUAGUCUGUUUUGUAUGUUAGGCUAAAGUCGUAACCUUAUAAAACCGAAUUCUUAAUCUACACAUGCUGCUGCUCUUUAUAGCGUGAGGUGUUCAAUUCCAUUCGUAAACGAGGUUGAACUUCGGCAUGAUGACCUCUUUCCAAGGGUAAUUAUAGUCAAAUGGCUGUUCACAUGACUCCAUGUACUUUUUGUGGGUUUUUGCCAUAGGUACAUAGAGACGGGAAGUUUUCCGGAGCCAAUAAAUUGAAUAUCUCUGUUGAAGGCAACGAAAGAUAUAAAAGGGGCUUAAUCGAUCUUUGAAUAAAAAAUUGAGCAAUCAGUUCGUGUUAUUCCACUCACGCAGUUACUGAUUGGCUCAUAUUGAUUGACAGACGGUCUAAGCUGCUUUUAUAUCUGUCGAUUGCCUUUAACUGGUGCUCAACCACGAAUAUACCUGCGCAAGCUGAUGCUGGUGUGUCUUGAAUUGGUAGUAGAAUGUGCCUCCAUGUAAAGGGACCUUUGGGUCAUCAUUUCGAGACAUCCAAGUCGAUUUGGUUGCUAAAAUACAUUGCCUGAGUCACAAAUGCAAGUUUUUUCAUUAGGGUAGUCUUCCCCUAUUUCCAAUCAUAAAUUAAACUUGAUUUCUUGUAAAUAAGUCAAAUUUCAAGCGAGAAUGCACGAUUAAAAAUUUGAAAAUGCAAUGUUGGAAAAGUCAGCCCAAUCGCACGCCAUUCGUUAAUCUCUCUAUUUUCCCUUGUCUACGGCAUUUUAGUGAGGCACUUUUACUUCAUUUUUCGAAGUCUGCCCUCACAAAGUUUAAUGUACAUUGGGAACAGGAUUUUUCAUUUUGCAAAGCAGUAUGGUUUUCUUCUAGUAACCCCCUUGUUUUGUUUGCUUUAUAUAAUCCAGCCAUAGUAUAGAAAAUGACAUUCUACAUUUGUGACAAUUGUGACAUUUGACUUUAAGGAGUUUGACGUAAAGGUGUUUAACCUUUAUGAAAUCAACUACAACACCCGUUGGCUAUGUUGUAUUUUUAACUAAAAUUUUCUUUAAUUUAGCUUGCUUGAUUAAAAUCAUCCGGUUUUUUCAUUGACGUGCGCAUUAUUUGUUUGGUUAUGUUUGCAUGUAUUUCUUUUAUGUUCAGCAGAAUGGUAAAGAAUUUGAAACGUUAUAAUUGUGUUCUGUUAUUCAAAAUGGGUCCAUCUUAGAAAUAUAUGGAGGAUUUAAACAACUAUUUUAUGUGCAUUAUGAAACGCCGCCGAACCAAAUCUCAACCUUACUGGUUCUUCACUAUGGCUUUUAGAAUUUGUAUCUUUUUUCUAUGGGGUUAUGCCUGUACCUUGAUACGUGACCAACUGCAGGUUGCAGUCUGUUCAAUUUAAUCUAUAAUGCACAAUAAGUUGACAGUCAGUUCUGGGUGGGCAUCAUUUUGAUUGUGAUCAAUUUUUAAGUGUUCCGUUUUUAUUUAGUUAGAAAGUUAUGCAGAGUUAUAGAGAGUAUUCACUUUAUUUUAUUCUAUAGGCAGUAUUCCCUGAUAUCUAGAUUUUGAGUGAUAAAAAAGCCUCACCUUGAUAACAAGAUCACUUUUCCAUUUAUGAUAAAAGCAAAAGUUAAGAUUUUUGAGGCACGUAUUUGCGUUGUUUCUUUUUCAUGUGUAUAUAUAUUCUAACGAGGUCAGUUUGAUCUAAACUCAGAUUUAAAGUAAUAAUCCUUACGUAAAUAGUGAAAGGAAUUCCAUUUUAAACGUAAAUGGGAGUAAGCUCUUUGCGCUACCCCUAAGUGAUAAUUACCCUUUACCCCGAAACUGCGUCGGUUCAAAGUUAAUUGCGCAUUCAUUUUAUUUAAUCAAGGUCCUACGCUUACAUUUACUAGGGUCGGUCUUCUAAGCUUUUGCGGAGUUAUCACAAUGAGGUUAUCGAGGCAAACCAUGGCAUUUUUGAAGUGGUUUUUUCCAGUCUCCAUCUGAAAUAUUGAAGUAGGUUCAUCAUUAUUGAUUAACGAUGGGAUUGGGGGUGGGGGGGGAUUGGGGGGAGUGAGCCAAAUACUCUCACAAAGCUACCAACGAAGGCCGGCCUUUAAAUUGUCAAUGCUUUUUAAAAGCUUAUAUUUAGGUAGAAUCGUUUUAUGAUUCACACAUAUUGUAGUUGUUAUUUCUAUUGCCUUGAUAGAAUUCUAUAAGCGACUUGAA